AUGGACGAAAGCGGGGUGCCCCGGAGCAUCUGGGACGGAGACGCCAAGGCCGUCCAGCAAUGCCUGACGGACAUUUUCACCAGCGUCUACACCACCUGCGACAUCCCGGAGAAUGCCAUCUUCGGCCCCUGCGUGCUCAGCCACACCUCGCUCUACGACAGCAUCGCUUUCGUGGCGCUGAAGUCCACGGAUAAGAGAACCGUCCCCUAUAUAUUCCGGGUGGAUACCUCGGCGGCCAACGGCUCCUCCGAAGGCCUGAUGUGGCUCCGCUUGGUCCAGUCGGCGCGGGACAAAGAGGAGCAGAACCUGGAGGCCUACAUCAAGAACGGGCAGCUGUUUUACCGCUCCCUGCGGAGAAUUGCCAAAGACGAGGAGCUGUUGGUGUGGUAUGGGAAGGACCUGACCGAGCUGUUGCUGCUGAGCCCCGCCAGGACCCAGAGCAAGAUGAAGGCUUCGUCUCCGCACACCUGCCUGGACUGCGGCCAGCGUUUCCAAUUCGAGUUCCCCUACGUGGCGCACCUGAGGUUUCGCUGCCCGAAGAGGCUGCCCGGGGCGGACAGCAGCCCAGCGGAGGACCCCAGCCCCAAAAACAGCAGCCCCAAGGAGCACGAAGGCGCCGGCAAGUUCCACGGCAAACAGGUGGGGGGCGCCCAGCCCCAGAUCCAGCCCCCCACCCACCGCCACCACUAUCACGCCGGCCAGGACAGCAACGGCGGCGUGACCAAGCCGUCCACGGACUUCCACAACUUGGCCCGGGAGUUGGAGAACUCCCGGCCGAGCAACGGCGGCGGGUCUCCUGCGAACAGGGAGCAGCCGGCCUCCGGCGUCGACGGCCGCGCCAGCCCCGGAGGCAAAGCCAAGCGGAAAUACCCCGGAGGGGACGCGUUGGCCGAAGAGCGAGGCUCGUCGACGGGCCGGUCGCGCGUGGAGAGGCCCAUCCCUUCGUCGCCCAAGGAGGAGUUGGUCUGUACCCCGCAGCAGCAAUACCGGCCGGCGGGGAGUUAUUACGGCUUGGACGACGCCAGCCGCCUCUACCGGCCGCCCAGCCCGGACACCGGCGACGCUAAGCGAAGCGCCUUCGUGGAGGUGAAGAAAGCCUCGCGCGGCGUGGAGAACGGAGCCGGAGGGGACGAAGAGAAAGAGCGAGGCUCCCCGGCUUCCUCGGCCGCGGACAAGCCGCCUGUGCCCUCGCUGCUGAGCGGCCGCUCCGGGGGCAGCGCCUUCUCCACCGUGCCAUCCUCGCAGCCCUCCGGCGGCGCGGCCAACCCCGAGGAGCGCAAGAGCGCUUUCUCGCAGCCGGCGCGCUCCACCUUUUCGGCGCAGCUGGUGCUGGGACAGAAGCUGAGCGCCCUGGUAGAAGGAGGAGGUGGAGGAGGAGGAGGAGGAGGAGGAGGCUGCCACCCGGGCGCAGAAGGAGCUGCGCGUCUUUACGCAUCGGAGCCGCUCAAGCUGGCCGGUGCGCCUGGAGAGCUUGGCAACGGGGCAGGGGUGGGGCCAGGAGGAGGAAGUGGUGGUGGUGGUGGUGGUCUGCCCAAGCAGAGCCCCUUCCUCUACGCCACCACCUUCUGGCCCAAGAGCUCGGCGGCGGCCGUGGCUGCUGCGGCUGCCGCUGCGGCCGCGGGCCCCCUCCAGCUCCAGCUGCCUUCGGCCCUGACGCUGCUGCCGCCCUCCUUCACCUCCCUCUGCCUGCCGGCUCAGAACUGGUGCGCCAAGUGCAACGCCUCUUUCCGCAUGACGUCCGACCUGGUGUACCACAUGCGCUCCCACCACAAAAAGGAGUACGCGCUCGAGCCGCUGGUCAAGAGGCGGCGGGAGGAGAAGCUCAAGUGCCCCAUUUGCAACGAGUCCUUCCGCGAGCGCCACCACCUCUCGCGGCACAUGACGUCGCACAACUGA